CUCAUCCUCUCAAGCCACCGCCAACAUGCCUGGUGCUAUGCUUGCUACCACCUCUGAUGUCAAUCAGAUUGAGGCUCCAGUCACCUGGAAGGCCUACCUGAUUUGCGCCUUUGCCUCCUUCGGAGGUAUCUUCUUCGGUUAUGACUCUGGUAUGCAUCCUAUCCUCAUCNGUUACAUCAACGGUGUCACCGGUUCCNCCGUCUUCGUCGAGAUCAUUGAGGGCGCUGGCCAAACCUCUCUCAGCGGUCCCCACAACUCUCUCAUCACUUCUAUCCUCUCUGCCGGUACUUUCUUCGGAGCCAUCAUCGCUGGUGAUGUCGCUGAUACCAUUGGUCGUCGUUGGACUGUCAUCAUUGGUUGCAUGAUCUACAUCAUCGGUGUUAUUCUCCAGGUCGCCUCCCACGGUCUUGGUCUGAUCGUUGCUGGUCGUCUCAUUGCCGGUCUCGGUGUCGGUUUCGAAUCCGCCAUUGUCAUUCUUUACAUGUCUGAGAUCUGCCCCCGCAAGGUUAGAGGUGCUCUCGUUGCUGGUUACCAAUUCUGCAUUACCAUUGGUCUCUUGUUGGCCUCUUGCAUCAACUACGGUACCAAGGACAUCAACAGCACUGCCUCUUACCGCAUCCCCAUCGGUAUUCAGUUCAUCUUCGGUAUCGUCCUUGCUGGUGGUCUCUUCUUCCUUCCCGACUCUCCUCGCUACUUCGUCAAGCGUGGUAACGUCGAGGCUGCUCGCAAUGCCCUUGCCAGACUCCGUGGCCAGCCUGGCGACUCUGACUACAUCGAGGCUGAGCUUUCCGAGAUCGUUGCCAACGAGGAGUACGAGCGUGCUAUGAUCCCCACCACUGGCUGGGUUUCCGGUUGGGCCAACUGCUUCAAGGGUUCGCUCUGGAAGCAGAACAGCAACCUUCGCAAGACCAUUCUCGGUACCUCUCUUCAGAUGAUGCAGCAGUGGACUGGUGUCAACUUCAUCUUCUACUACUCUACUCCUUUCCUCCAGUCCACUGGUGCCAUUGGCAACGCCUUCUUGAUCUCUUUAAUCUUCACCCUUGUCAACGUCUGCUCUACCCCCAUCUCCUUCUACACUGUUGAGAAGUUCGGUCGUCGUCCCCUGCUCAUCUGGGGUGCCUUCGGCAUGUUGUGCUGCCAGCUUAUCGUCGCUGUUGUUGGUGUCACCGUCGGUUUCAACCACACCCACACCAUCCCCAACCCCGCUGGUGGCGACCCUCUUACCCGCUCCGACAACAUCUCUGCCGUCAACGCCCAGAUCGCCUUCAUCGCCAUCUUCAUCUUCUUCUUCGCUUCCACCUGGGGUCCUGGUGCCUGGGUCUUGAUCGGUGAAAUCUUCCCUCUUCCCAUCAGAUCUCGUGGUGUCGCCCUCUCUACCGCCUCCAACUGGCUCUGGAACACUAUCAUUGCUGUCAUCACACCUUACAUGGUCAACAAGGACGAGGGUAACCUCAGAUCGUCCGUCUUCUUCAUCUGGACAGGCCUUUGCACUUGCGCUUAUUUCUUGGUGCCCGAGACCAAGGGUCUUUCUCUUGAGCAAGUUGACCGCAUGAUGGAGGAGACCACUCCCCGUACCUCCGCCAAGUGGGUCCCUCACGAGACCUUCGCUUCUUCCGUCGGACACGCCAACGGUGGCAAGCUCGACUUGGAGGUCGUCGAGGAUGUCGAGAGAAAGGGCAGUGUCUUC